GCGUAACCCUCCUCCGCUCUCUGUUCGCCUUUAUAUUACCCUUUAUACCUUGGCUUCGCCCGUCCACGACCCCCCCUCCCUAGUCACCGGUUUGUUCGAAAUCCUAGCGUCCGGCAGCCGCAGUGUUGUUACUCUACAAGAACUUCCCUAUGCCCCUCAGCCCGAUCCUCGUAUAUACGAAAACUCUCCCAACACUCUCCAUCGCUUUCGCAAAACGCCGUUACACACACACAAACGGGCGGCACACUUUGGCAACAUACUAAUGCAAUAUGUCGUCUUCCAGGCAACCACGGUUACACAGGCCGAAGAGCACCAUAUUCUUUGAAGGUGCUGAGCAAUCGAUGAAGCGCAUCACAAACUUCUUCAACGCAUCCGAGACACGGCUGCCUCGAGGGAAUGCCCCCCCGACGCCGCCGCUAGCUCCCGAUGGACAGGCCACCAGUACUCCUCCUCCCGCGCUGGACCUCCGAACCCCACGAACACCGCUCUCGGUCAACACCUCGUCGGUCGCCUCGCGGCACACUCUCGCUCCCCCGGACAUGGGAUAUGGCGACACCUUGACCCCGACGGUUUCCGGAAAUGGCGCGCCGUACCUCUACCCUCUCCCACCCUCGCCGGGGAUGCUCCCCUCGCGACCCGGAACCUCGUCGGGAUUCUCCGGCUAUGGAUCGAGACCGGUAACACCACACGGAUCGAACUUCAACCUCUCCUCCGUAAACCUCAGCACCACACCACUCGAGGUGAUCACGGCCCGGAAGAGCCGUGAUACGCGAUUCGACAAGCUAGGCUCGGGUCUCGCGUGGAGGCUCGCGCGUGGGAACACGCAAGAUUUGGAGUCGUAUGACUGUGGGCCUUUGUUGCGCGGAGAACGGGCUAAGGAGCUAUGGGACGACAACGGCGACACCCUUGUAUAUCUCACCCACCCCGAGAACCAGAACAGCAAAUACGGGAACCCGGUUUUCCGCAUCAACUCGGGCCCUGCUGUGUUCGCUUGUCUUGGCGGCUACAUGGUCGAGGUCGAGCAACCACAGGCUACGUCAACGUCAGGGGCUAGCAGGACGUCACCCAUGAGCGAGCGCUUUCAACUCGGCGUGCCGGCGUUGGAUGGGUCGUCGCUUGGAUUGGAUGAUGCGACAGCCGAUGGCACACCCGAUGACGAGCCAUCGACGAUCGGCGUCGCGGUGAACGGAGAGCGACCAAUCAGUCGCGAGAGCUCGGACAACCUAUCCCCCACCUCGAAAUCUCCCAGGAAUUCGUCGGAGCAACACACAUUCUCGCACACGGUCACGCACCCGCCGCGAGAUGUCGAGCCCCCGCAAAAGGUGGAAACCUCCAGCGAGGAGGAGACCGGCGUGUUUUACAAGCUCUACUAUCCGGCGGCGGACGACGACACUUCACGACCUGUCACUCCGCUCAAGAAAUCGAAAAAGCCGCAGCCAAAACACACCAAGGCCGAUGCCGAGGAUUCGCUACAACGCUUCAUCGAUGCCCGAAAUGUGUUCGCGUUCCUCACCGGCGGUUAUCUGGUGGCUUCGCGGCCGAAACACUUGCCGUUCGACGUGUUUGCGAUACUCAACGCGCGACUCGGUUUGGGCGAUGGUGAGAACGACACCCAACGGGCCCAGGCCGUGCAGAUGUACUUGGACAUAUACGUCGAAGAGCUAAAGCUGGAUGAUAUCCGCAACGAUGACGAAGCGAUUGUCGAGACGCUGAUAAUGGGCGAGAAGUGGCGAUCACAGCGACUAUACCAUGAGGCGUUUAUACAUGCCGCCGGUAGAUGGGGGCAGAUCUCCAAUCACCCCGGACUUGCCCUCGUGUCGAGCACCACCAAGAAUCGGCUCGAACGGGCAACUCACGAUCUCGUCAACAUCCGUUUGGUCAACAUCCACGACCGGAUAACCGACUUUGAAUUCCCCUCCGUCUGGGUCGGCGAGGGGCGAUACUCCGAGUACAAGAGCUGGCGCAACGGAUAUGACCGCAUGAGAGCACUGGUGAACACGCAUGUGAGACAUGUAUUCGGAUCUUGGCCACCCAGAGGAGGAAAACACGGGAAGGGAGGUGGCUUCUCGGAGACUGGCGGCUUGAACCGUGUCGUGCUGAAACGGCUCUACGACGAUCUGUGCUGCGUGUACGACCUCACCGUCGAUAGGGAAUGGCUACACGGCGAGAGGAUCCAUUUCGAGGGCACCCAGGGAGGUUCGGACAGCGACCAAUCCGAUGAGAUUAAGAACCAAUACGAACGCCAUAGAGUCGUGCUCCGCAAGAUCAUGGGGGAAUUCGAUAAAUGCAGUGUCCCCGUCCAGCCGGAAAUGCCGUUCGACCUGCCGCGUCUGCCGUAUCGCUCGCCUUCCGCACUUAAGAAGAGGAAGAUGGGAAUUUUCUCGAAGUCGAACAAGAAGAUCCGCGAAGAGGAGAUCAACGAGCUGCUGAAGAACUCGUACAACCAGGACUCGUACGAGCAGUACGCCGAGAACGCGCUGGUGAAGGCGUAUAUUACCAUGGAGAAGGAGUUUGGCAUCUCGAAGCCCAUCGAAGAGCUUAUCGGUGCGAGGAGAGGUGCGUGGGUGUUCAUGUACUGUGUCUUACAGACACUGGUCUUGGGUGUUGUCGACGGCGGCGGACUGCGGUACGGAGACGGUUGCGAAUACUUCCUGUGCGAGAACGUGAAGGGUAUUCCACCAUGGGAGAAGGGUGCCAAUCGUCGACAAACGCGGAUGAGCGGGAUGUGGACCGGUGGUGGACUGAUGAGUGCCAUGAACUCGGCCGUCAACCUCGGCAUCAACCCCGACGAUGAGAUCGAGAUGACCUAUCGCGCCAGUCACUGUUGGGAAGUUGCCGAGCAGUGGAGACUGGUCCUCACUAACUUUGACGACGAGGAGGAUACCUACUACGGAGCUGGUAGCGACAGCUCGGAAUUCCAAGAGUAUACCCCUGGCGUGACGGUUCCCGAGUCGCCGGAGCUGCGUGCGGCACCGCCGCUCAACGAGCACCCCGCAUACGUCCGACAGAACACCGAGACGGACCAGCUACCGAAGCUGCAACUCGACGGUUCGUCGCAGCGAUCGUAUCAAGGCCAAACCCCCUCUCCAACCUCGGAGAACGGGGGGCAGCCGAGCUCGGGAUACCACCGUCCUCAGUACCAGCACCAGUACCACGACAGCCGGACGAUCUCGCCCACAUCGCAAGCGCCCCAGCUGCUCUCCCCCGUUGACGAGCGGCCAGCACCGUUCGAGUUCGAUCUCGGCGCCCACGCUGUCAAGUCCCGAAAGACGUCGCCAUCCGAAAGCCGCAGCGCGUCGCCCGCGCCUCCCCGAGCUUGGAGCCCGGCAGCAGGCCCCAUCCGUAAGAGCUCCGCACCGGUCAGUGGCACCUCGAGUCCACUGCGGCACGGAAGCCCUGCUCUCGGUGGUGCGACGCCCCCCUACACCGCGUACAGCAGCCCGUCCGCGUCGCCGGUGUUGGGUCCCAACCAGCAGCAGAAAUCCGCUACCAUGCCGAGAAGUGCACGACGUUAAUAACUUCUCCCUUCCCCCUUCCCUUUCCUCUUUCUCUUUUUUCUUUUCUCUUUUCUUUGAUUGCAAACGUUGCAUAUAUCCUAUCCUAUACAUUUCUUUUGUUGGUGUUUCUGGGGUCUUUUUUUUUUUAGUUUUUGUUUUUAGCUUGGGGUGAAUAAUUUGUGCCGUUGCUGGAGCAAAAAACAAAAUGUGUGCUAUUUUUUUUUCAUUUCUUUUCUUUUCAUUUCAGUCGUGUAACUUUGGAUAAUCUUUGCUUUGCUUUGUCUUUUCUGUUCUGUUCUGAUGGCAAUACCCUUUUUUGUUUGUGAGGUUAGAGUGCCGCUUUUUUUGCUAUUCUCUCUUUAGCUUUCCUAUUACUCUGCUUUUUGGGGGUUUCUUUUGUCAUCAAAGGGCGAUGAAUGGGGCAAUUUUGUUUGGUUUUGGGCCAUGGCUUAAAGGGCUUAAAAUGGUGGG